AUGGCAAGGAUGCUGUCGAGCACAUGGCACAUGGCGAGCAUGCGUGCGUUGCGUAGCGCUGUGCGUCCGAGCGUGAAGCUGGCGCACCGUGGCUCGAUGGCGCUGUCGCGCCGGAUGUACGCCUCUGAAUCGACUGAGAAGGUGGGCAACCCAACCCACUCGGCCACCACGGUGGAAGAUUUGCAGGGCAUGGAUGCCGCGACGUUGUUGCGGGAAGAGGGUACGCAGAAUGACUCGAAUUUGCGUCACUUUACGGUCAACUUUGGUCCGCAGCACCCGGCCGCGCACGGUGUGCUGCGUCUGAUUAUGGAGCUGAACGGUGAAGAGAUUCUUCGUGUGGAUCCACAUGUGGGUCUGCUGCACCGUGGUACGGAAAAGCUCAUUGAGUACAAGACGUACCAGCAGGCGCUCCCAUACUUUGACCGAUUGGACUACAGUUCCAUGAUGACCAAUGAGCUGUGUUUCUCACGCGCCGUGGAGAAGCUGCUCAACAUUGAGGUGCCUGAGCGUGCCAAGUGGAUCCGUACGCUGUACGGUGAGCUUACGCGUAUCUCGAACCACUGCAUGGCCGUGCUCUCGCACAUUAUGGAUGUGGGUGGUCUGACGCCCUUCGUGUGGGGUCUGGAGGAGCGUGAAAAGAUCAUGGAGUUUUACGAGCGUGUCUCUGGUGCUCGUAUGCACGCUGCGUAUGUGCGUCCUGGUGGUGUGACGUACGACCUGCCGCCCGGCCUGCUGGACGACAUUUACGCAUGGGCGACGCAGUUUGCUGGCCGUGUGGACGAAAUUGAGGAGCUGGUGACGGCGAACCGUGUGUGGCGUGAGCGUACCAUCGGCAUUGGCACUGUGACGGCGCAGGAGGCCAUCAACUAUGGCUUUAGCGGUGUGAUGCUGCGCGGCAGUGGUGUGCCGUGGGAUAUCCGCAAGGUCGCGCCGUACGAUGCAUACGACCAGGUCGAGUUUGACGUGCCUGUGGGCAAGAAUGGCGACUGCUAUGACCGGUACUUGUGCCGUAUUGAGGAGUUCCGCCAGUCGCUGCGCAUUAUUCACCAGUGCCUGAACAAGAUGCCGGCGGGUCAAAUCAAGGUCGACGACCACAAGAUUGCGCCGCCGUCGCGUGCGAUGAUGAAGGACAGCAUGGAGAGUCUGAUCCACCACUUUAAGCUGUUUUCGGAGGGCUUUGCCGUGCCGCCUGGCGAGACGUACAGCGCCAUUGAGGCGCCCAAGGGCGAGAUGGGUGUCUACCUCGUGUCGGACGGCUCGAACCGCCCGUACCGCUGCUCCAUCUCUGCGCCGGGUUUCCGUCACCUGGCCGGUGCUGACUUUGUCGCACGCCACCACUACCUGCCUGAUAUGGUGGCCAUCAUCGGCACGAUGGACCUGGUGUUCGGUGAGGUCGAUAGGUAG